CCUAUGUCCUUUGUCGAAUAUUGUCUCUGUUGGUGAGUUCUUGUUUCAAGUCAAGUCAAGUCAAGUCAAGUCUUUAUUUGUUUGCAUUUUGGAUAUCACUUUUGUUUAAUAAAGCUGCACUUGGGUUCUUCAACUCACCUUCAGUGGACUCUCAUUACAGAAUACUUGACCCUAACCAGCAGCUUGUUUAUUGCGCCUUCGUCAAGGCACCCAGGCCAUUGCGGACUACGUGGCAGACUUUUGUGAUCUGUGUGACCAGUGGACUCUCAUUUCAACUACACUGUGGUGUCAUUCUCAUGACUUUUCCAAAAAAAAAAAAAAAAAGUUUUCCAUAGAAGGAACGUCUCUUCCAAACAGGUUUGGAACAUAAUGUCAGGGUACAUGACCUGUGCAAAGCCUUUUGCUUCAUCUCAACGUGGAUUCUUACUGAGUAACAGAAGCUAUGCGUCCAUCCAGUAUUUUGACCUUUGAACCAGGGUUGGAGUCUGGAGUGCCAUGGGGCCGUGAUCUUUUUACUUUUGUGACUUCAGCAGCUGGUCACAUGAUGAGGACUUUGCAAAGACCACGUAAAAACAAGCCAUCAAAACGACAAGUCAAUCAUCGCAGGUUUCUGCACAACAUGAUACAGAGAAAAUUUGCUGAAAUAGAGGCAGCGAACCAUCAGCUGUCAUCUGCUUUAUUUUCAACUGAUAACCCCCCCGAUCAUCUAACUCCCAGACUAUCUCACACUGUAACAGAAGUCACAGACCAGUCACCCAAACCUUCAAAAAAAGCUAUUGAAACUUUUAUAAAUGCUGACAAAACCGAAGCGCUUCCUGAACAACAAGAGGAUGUGUGUGACCUCUGGACAUUGGACAGUCUUUUGGACAUCCAUGUGGCUGAUAAAAGUUUCUCACCUUGCAAGUUCCCCAACAGUAGAGGAACAAAUCCGAGAACUGAGAAAGAUGGCAAAGCUUUGAAAAACAACCCUGCAAACUCAAUGGAGAAGGACAAUGACUUCAGCUUCAGCUUCGAAAGGCAGUCAGCAUCUACUGAUCUAGAAAGCUUGACACAAAUGAACAACAGUCUCCUAGAGGACAGCAUGUCCUCCUGGUUUGGGUCCAUUGAAAGAACAAGAACCUAUUCGAAACCACGUCUCGCCAAAUACCAUGACGUGAAGUUGCUCCCCACAGACGUUGAUGUUCCAGACCUGUCACCUCCUUCUCCAGUGAUUUCACUAUUGUCUUUGGAUUCAUGUGAUUUGGAGGUUCAGAUGCUCAUAGAUGCAGAGCACAGUGUGAACCAAAUGCAAGAUGCCACCAUCAUAGAGAGUCUCCAAAUGGAUGUGGUGGACGACCUUGACCUACUGGAUUGUUCUGGUAGUCAUGGAGAUCUGGAUAAAAUGGCUGAAUGGAUGGAUCACAGCGAAGAGGAUGGACGAUAUUUACAGGAAACAUGUGCGUUUCCAAGCUCUCUGGACUCGGAUCUAGAGAACCUAACAGGUUCUGGUGGUGGGGCCACCAACUCCAUAUCCAAUUUUGGCCAAACGGGUCAUGAAUUUUUUGCUGAUGUUCUCUGUAGUCAAGAGCCACGUAGACGUAGUUUCCAUCAUGAUCAAAUAAACUAUGCUUUGAACCACGAUAUCAUUCUAGAAGACCAUUUUGGUCAGGUUGAACCUUGCAUGAAGACGAAUGGAAAGGAAGAUGGUUAUUUAGAUGCAGAUUUUUCUGUCAUGGAUGGUAAUGUUUCAAGCAACCACAUGUUCCCAGGAUUUGAGAGACCGUUGGACCAAUCCAAAAGGAGUCUUUAUGACAACUGGGAACAACAACCUCUAAAAAGCUCAUACAAGAACUAUACAAGUCCAGAUCAGAUUAUGAUGCAAGGCACUGAUAUCAGAAAUGUUGACAAAAACAUUGUACAGGUUGAGAAUCUCAACCAGACUUUAUCAGGCUCCCAAUGCCCGAUAACGUGCUGCCUCGAAGGCUUUUGUUCUCAUGGAGAAGACUCGUGUUUUUACACGAAAUUCAGAGGCAGUCACAACUUUGAGGGCGUGGCUACAUCUUUCCCAGCCACAUUGCAUAAGCUCCACCCCACUCCAAUUCCGACUCCGCCUCUAGAUGAUGAUUGGUUGUUCAGUAAUAUUGUGGCAGAGGAAGAGGUAAAUAGCAUGAAUAAUACAUUUGGAAAGUACUGAUCAGUCACUGGACGGUAAUUGUAUGAACUGUAUUCAUGAAUUUCAUUGUAUCUGGGGAUGUUUGAUUAUUACACUUUUGUGAUUUUAUGAUCAUUUCUGUGAAAUGUUCUUGUCUGUGGUGUGAAAAAUGUAAUAUUUUCUGUCAUAAAAACUGUAUGAGUAUUGUAACAUAAUACAAAAAAAUAAAUAAAUGAAUUAUUUAAAUGGAAAUUUUAAAUUAUUGUAUUUAAAAAGCUCUGUGAUCAGUUCAGUGUUUUAUUGUCUUUGGUCCAAUACGGUUGGACAGGCUU